AUGGAUUUAAUGAUGUAUUGGUCGCAACGAUUAGAUUCACAUAAAUUUAUUAAAAGAAAUAUUCAAAUAUUAGGUGAUGCAACCAUCGCUGACUGGAAAAACUUUAUGCGUGAUUUAUGUUUAGAAUAUUUUAUUCGUUAUCCUAUAGCUAUCAGUGGGGUUGAUCAUGUGGUGGAAAUCGACGAAAGUGCAUGGACCAAAAGAAAAUACAGUCGAGGUCGUCUGGUAGGUACACGGUGGGUAUUUGGUGGUGUAGAUCGGGAUACUCGUGAAGGUUUUGUUGUACUUAUAGAUCGACGUGAUUCAGCAACAUUAAUACUUCUUAUUCAUCAAUUUAUUUUACCUGGUACGAUAAUUCAUAGUGAUGUGUGGCGUGCAUAUUAUUCAAUCAAUAAUCAUACUCAUGGUCCUGAACGUUACAUUCAUCAUACCGUGAAUCAUUCACUUAAUUUCGUCGAUCCAACUACAUUAGUUCACACACAAAACAUCGAAAACUUAUGGAUGGUGGCAAAAAUGAAGGAAAAGAACUAA